UAGCGAGUAACGGUGGAUUACGCGAAGAGCUCGCCAAAUGCCAGGUAACGCGUUACUGAAUGUCACAAAGAGUAAAUAAUCAAAAAAGUAUCCAAUAAAAGCAACAAUUCAGUGAAGUGCAGACGCUUACUUAUUCGACUGUUGAAUGGUAUUUAUAGUGGAUUUUUAUUGCCAUAAGCGCAGGAUUCGAGUGCAUCUGAGAAGUUUUAAAGGACCAACACAUCAAUAUACUCGUACAUAUGGAAUAGUGAAUUCACUCUCGUGUGUGUGUGUGUGGGUUUAAAGGCACUUCAUUGUGUUUGACGGCGGAAUUAAUGAAGUUGUCACACGUCGACGCGUCCAAAUGAGCGAACUUUUUCUUCAUUUCAAAUGUAUUGUUUCCUCAAAUUGACUGCGACAAAUGUGAAUGGCAGUGGCAGUGUGUUCCUAUGUGUAAUAAAAGUCAUCACAACAACAAAUGAAAAAGUAAACAAGAACAGCUGUUAGCUGUUGUAAGCAAUUUCAAAUGGUUUUCUCGUUGUGUUUGUGAGGAAUUGCUUAUAUUGUGUCUCAUUGCUAAUUAAGGCAAACACACAAAGGACAGUCCGCGAGUUGUUGUGCAAUUGUUGAAUACCGUCGGCAUUUCAAAGCGUUUGCGUGACUUGUAUAUCGGUGAUAAGUCGUUUUGUUGGCACGGCUACUUAAUUAAAGCUACUUAAACUUGGCACAAAAAGAAAUACGGCAGCCAGUAGACAUCAAAUAACGGGUUAACAGAGUGCUUACUAAUUUUUGCAUUUGUUUGAUAAACAGAUCGCUUUGUUUACUUCACUUCGGUCGCUGAAGUUUAAACAAUUUUCCAGGCAAUUAAAUUUUGGAGCGCCCUUGGCUCGCCACUUUCAUUUAAUCAAUGAUGCUUUCGGAAGAUCGUGAAUUGCGGCUCUUAUAACUGCAAUUAAAUAAAAUGUAAACAGAAUUGUUUAAACUAUAAAAGCUCCUAAUUAAAGCUACUCAUUAUUCGAUCUUGAAUCAGCCUUUAAAUAAUCAAAAAACAAAGAGAAUAUCUGAUAAACAUGAAUUUGACAUUCCAUUCAAUUUAGUAUUUCCUCUUACUAUUUCCAGUUUAAAAUUGAGCAUUAUUUAACACAAAUUAUGUGCUGGCGUUAUCUUUCAUUUGCAAUUAGUAAGCGUAGACUUUGAAAGGUGGAGCUUAAUUUGUAACGGUAGAAUUUUAUAUGGGCGGUUGGGUAUUAUAAUUACUGAGUGAGUAGCCGCUGUUUCGUAAUAACAAGUGCAUAAUUAGAAAUUUGUAUGAAGCAGAUAAGAACGUGCGGAUUUUGAACUUAUCAAUAAGGGUUGCGUAUACGCCAUGGCGUAUCUCAACGCCACCAGGAAGGAAGUAAAAUAAAUUUAUAAUUGAAUUAAAAAUAAAGGUUUAUUUAGCAGUUAACUCAGCGGUGUCUAGAAAAAUUAAUUAAAAAAGACAUUAUGUGGUUAACUGGAUAAAAAAUUUAAAAUCGGAAUUUAAGUGAAUAUCUCAUGCGAUAAUACUGUGAGCAACAAAAUCACCAUUUCAAUUUAAAAGUAAGAAGUUUAAUAAUCAUAUCUGCCAGUACAGGCUGAAUUGUAACAGUGCAUAUCAGGGAAACAGGAUAUCAACAAAAAUAUCAUAAAUACAGUUAUCAGUCAUUAGCACGUCGUACGAGUCUUCUUUGACAAAAUGUUUUGGAUAUUACGUCGCACCGGCGCUGCGAAUUUCUUCAAUUCGCUGAACAACAAUUGCAGCUCAUCGAAGGGCGGCAAUAGUUCUGGCACACAAGAUAAAUAUGUGAAGCGGCCACCGCGCAAAGCUUACGGGCGGCUUAGUGCCGAUUCGGAUGAUGCCAGCUCGCAGCAUAAGCACAAAAUCGAUGAUCCCUUUGACGAGUUUGAUAAUUUCAAAAUAAUAACUUCGGGCAGCGGAUGCAAUAACGGCAAUGACAACGCCAAUGUCAAUGGCAAAGGCAGUGCCACAUGCCAGCAUGGACACCCGGGCGAGAGUGACGGCGGCCGUGCGGGCGCAGCUGCCGUUAAUGGCACCAUGCUGCCAUGUACACUGCCCGAUUGCCAGGGAAAUUUCGUUAACGAAGGCAUGUGUCACCUAAAUGAUGCGACGGGCUGCGCGGGGGGCGGACUGGGUAGCAGCGCAUCGAAAUCGAACUCGUCCGCAAUGCAGAGGCAGAAGGAAGUCAAUGAGAACACCAUUAACCGACUGCAGGCGAUGGCGAUGUCCGAUGAUGAUGAUUACGAUGAAUCUCUGACAUGCAAUGUUUGUGAUAGAGCUUUCCAUUGUCAUAGGCAAUUGGCUUCGCAUCAGCAGAAGAAGCGUCACUUCGGCUGCAACGCCUGCGACAGUCUCUUCCCAUCGUUAAUGAUACUCGAACAUCACAAAGAGGAGUUUGAGCAUUGGAGUGACGACGAGAUCAGUCGGCGGGUUUGCUGUCGACGAAAUCGCGGUGACGAUUACUUUACCGAUACGGACUCCUUUACCAGUGAAGCGGAGAGCGAGGACAUGGAGAGGUUAUUGUAAGGCGGCUACAAGGCGGCUAAGCUGAAAGAACUAUUAUGCAAAGACAUGAAUGACAGAGAAGAAAGAUAAUCGCUGGACAAUUUAAUAUGCACUGUAAAAACGAAGGACCAAAGAACACUACUUGGUCAACCUAUGAGAAUUCAUUCCACCCUGCAAAGGCCUCAACACAAGUACAAGGAAUUCAGUUCAGAAAAAGAUUUUGUGUGGAAGUCCAGAGAUGCUUAAACUAACAUACUCGAUGUAUUUUUAUAUCCCAAAAAGAAACAAAAUACAGGAAGUCUACAACCCUGGACCACAAUACAUCAAAAACAAAUAUCUUGGCAUAUUAUAAGCCACGGAAUAGAAUAUAGAACAAUUAAACAUAAAUGUACAAUAACCGAGUAGACCCUCCUCACCUCUAAGAAUUCGAUUUUGUUGAUAAUGUAAAUAAGAUGAGUUUAGAUGGGCGUAAAGCUGGAGCAGUUUCACCAGCCACAACUGGCGUACAAAUGUAUAUAUAUUGCCUGUAAAAUCAUUGUGGAAAACUAAGCCAUAUCAAUUUUUAUGAGUUUUUAUUUCGAAGGACAAAAGAAAUAUAAAAUAAUAUUAUAUCCGACACAAACCAACACUUCGUAACGCACUAAGGUCUUUAUUAUUUGUUAAGUGCUUCACGUCAGAUUGAUCUAGGCUUCAUAUUCCCGACCAAUUUGGAUAAUCAUAUAUGAGUACUACAUGCUUGCCACCUACCUCACAGCCAGUUUUGGAUUUAUUGUCAGUCAAUAACGCUCCUCAAAAGUGUUCGGAAUUAAUCCAGGAUCUACAAGUUUUUUUUUUUUUUGUUGUAAGCAUAAUCCAAUGCAGAAUCACAAAGACCAGAAUUUUUACGUAAAAUAAUAGAUUUUCUUGACGAUGUGUGCUUCGGUCCGCCGAUCACUGCCCUAACCAAUAAACGAAAUUUGCAUUUCUAUUUGUCAAUCGUACGAAGUCGUUAAUUAAUCUUAAUUUAUUGAGAAAAUCCCAACCUCAGAGUCAGUUUGACUUGCAGUGACAUGUAGAAACCUUGAUGGCAUUGUAAGCAUAUUUGUAAAUACCUAGCUUAGAACUUAGGGAGCUCAGAACAAACAGUGCAAAAUAACUGUGAAUCAAAAUGCACAUAGAAUUACACUCGGCUCAUGGUGGGUGUGUUUGUAUAGCAUUAUUGAUGUGUAAUAAUUGUAAUAAAUAUUGGAAAUAAUUCUCGUAUCUAUUAUACACAUAUAUAAAGGUCUGUAGCAGGAAAUAUUGCUUGAAUUUCAAAUAUGUCAGUCUGACUGUCUGUACGUGAGUGUAUAUAGAGGAAUUUAGCAUUUGUAUCGUUUGUAUAACUUUCCGAUUUGUGUGCAUUUGUUUUGAUAAAAUUAUAUUUAACGGUAAUACACGAGUGUAGUAUUUAUAACUAUAUGUACGUAUAUGUAUUUAUAUAUGUGUGUUUGUAAAAGAAAAUGAAACUUUGGUGUUUACUUUAUUGAAAUUUCUGUAAUCAAAUUUACUACAAAUGUACUUAUGUAGGCUACAUAGUGUGUACAAGUGAAAAUAAAUUCAUUUAUUUAUCAUGGUAAUUGCGUCAAAAAUUUUUCAUUGCGGUUGUCCGUUAUUAAUAUUUGAUUUUAUUAAGCAUUUUGUGUGCAAUUAUUUUCUAAUUGCGGUUAAAUUUUAAUGAAUCUACUCAACCAAUGAUAAUUGGCAGGCAGAUGACAUAGAAAAAUAGAGUUAUAUGUAAGCACGAGGCUUCCAUCGUCUUAGUCAGUGAUUCGUGCACGAUUAUGAAACAUUAAUUUGUCCAAAGGUAAAGGAGAAAAGAAAGUGUCAAAUCUGAUAGUACCAGUUUCUUUUGUGGCGUGUCUGGGAAACACUGAAUUCCAAUUAGUUUGGCGUAGAGAACAUUUCUCGAAUAAAAAAAUAUUUUAUAACUGCUUAUGAUAAUCUAUGUAUAUCUAUUUAUACGCUUAUUCAUAUAAUAUAUUCGUUAAUUGGUGUAAUAAAUAUUUUUCGAAUCUA